GCGGCCAGGCCAGGAAGAGAUAUAUAUAUAUAUAUAUAUUUAGAGAGAGAGAGAGAGAGAGAGAGAGAGAGAAAGAGAGAGAUUACAGAAGAAUGGUGGUGGAGAGAGUGCAAGACCUAGCUUCUAGCUUGUCCAGAUGCCUGGACAACAUUCCGGCGGAGUUCAUAAGAUCGGAGAACGAGCAGCCUGCAGUCACCACCUUCCACGGCAAGGUCCUGGAAGUUCCCGUGAUCGACCUUGGCUGCGGCGAGGAGGAGGAGGAGGAGGUGGUGAGGCUGGUGGCGGAGGCCGGCCGGGAGUGGGGCAUAUUCCAAGUGGUGAACCACGGGAUACCGAACGAAGUCAUUUCAAAUUUGCAGAGAGCCGGGAGGCAGUUCUUCGAGCUGCCGGCGGAGGAGAAGGAGCUCUACGCCAAGCCCGCCAAUUCGAAGAGCGUCGAAGGCUACGGAACGAAGCUCCAGAAGGAAGUGGAUGGCAAGAAAGGCUGGGUUGAUCAUCUCUUUCACAGGAUAUGGCCUCCUUCCGCCAUUAACUACCGCUUCUGGCCUAAGAACCCUCCUUCUUACAGGGAGGCGAACGAGGUGUACGUGGAGAAACUGCAGGGAGUGGCCGAGAGGCUGUUCAGGUGGCUGUCGAUGGGGCUGGGGUUGGAGGGGGGGAGGAUGCAUGCGGCGCUGGGCGGCGAGGAGUUGGAGUAUAUGAUGAAGAUCAACUACUAUCCGCCGUGUCCGCGGCCGGACCUGGCGCUAGGGGUGGUGGCGCACACCGACAUGUCAACCCUCACCAUCCUCGUCCCCAACGAGGUUCCGGGCCUACAGGUCUUCAAAGACGAGCGUUGGUACGACGUCAAGUACAUUCCCAACGCCCUCGUUGUCCACAUUGGUGACCAAAUUGAGAUACUAAGCAAUGGCAAGUACAACGCUGUGUUUCAUAGAUCGACCGUAAACAAGGAGACCACCAGAAUGUCGUGGCCGGUGUUUCUGGAGCCACCGCCGGAGCUCGAAGUGGGGCCGCUGCCGGAGCUCAUUUCCGACGAAAACCCGUCAAAAUAUAAGACGAAGAAAUACAAAGAUUAUAUGUACUGUAAGCUGAAUAAACUUCCCCAGUGAAGUAAUAAUUAUUGGAGGCAGAGGCUGUGCCGUUAAUUACCGUGUGCUUCAGAUUGUUGUAUAUUCAGGUUUUUGUUUCAUUUCGUAAUGCCAAAUGUUUUGGAGUGAAUUUUAAUAUCAUGAUGCAUUGAUCUUAUCGAGUGAUGUAAGCAUUUUUGUCUUCAUUGUUUAAUUAUAAAAAUAAGGUGUAAUCCAUAUAUAUUAUUUUCAAAU